ACACAUAGACAUUUGGCCAAAUCUCAGCCUCUCAAUCAGUCUGCUUCUGAAGAGUCCAAGAUACUAAUUAUCAAAUUAAAUACCUCCAGUUCAAUUCCAAGCAACUUUCGACAACAACUUCUUGAAGUCAUCAAUGUGAUUCCAGCAUUCAAACUCCAUAUACUGGAAAGGAAAGAGUAACAGAUCCAAGAGGACACUGAUUUGCUGGAGUAUUACGAGUUUUGGAUGGACGCUGAGUGAAUUGCUGGUCGACUUUUUUUUAUUUUAUUUUAUGGUGUGCUGUUGAUGCAGGCCGAAUCCUGACUUUACCAUGAAGAUCUCUGGGUCGUCUCUUGACCUGAGUGUGACAGAGUAUGGAAUAACCCUGGACCCGACAUUCACCAUGCUGGAGUUUGACGGUCUACGUGUUCUGCCUGUACAAACAGAUCCACUAAUGCCAGGUCAUGCGCCUACCUCAGUCCCGCUGGCGGUGCCACAGCAGAGCAGUGUGAGUCUCUGUGCCAUCUGUGCAGACAGAGCCACUGGAAAACACUACGGAGCGUCCAGCUGCGACGGCUGCAAGGGCUUUUUCAGGAGGAGUGUGCGCAAGAACCAUGCCUACACCUGCAGGUUCAGCAGGCAGUGUGUGGUGGACAAAGACAAAAGAAACCAGUGUCGAUACUGCAGACUGCGAAAGUGCUUCAGAGCCGGCAUGAGGAAAGAAGCUGUCCAGAAUGAGCGUGACCGAAUCAGCUGUCGUCGAGAAAAUCAAGGUGUCGGGACUCUCACCAUCGAUGUGCUGAUGCAGGCAGAGGCGUACACUCAUCAGAGCCUUUCCCAGAAUUUGAUGAGGGACGCCGGCAGUAAGAAGAUAGCCGGUGUGGGCGAUGUGUGUGAAUCCAUGAAGCAGCAGCUCCUCCUGCUAGUUGAAUGGGCGAAACGCAUCCCGGAAUUCUGUGAGCUGUCAGUGGAUGACAGGGUGGCGCUGUUACGAGCUCACUCUGCAGAGCAUCUCAUCUUAGGAGUGGCACGACGUUCACUUCCCUACAGUGACAUUAUCCUGCUGGGAAACGACUUCAUCAUUCCUGUUGGCGGCAGCGAGCAGGAGAUGUCGAAGGUAGCGGUUCGUAUCCUGGAAGAGUUGGUGCGGCCUCUGAAAGAGCUGAACAUCACAGACACCGAGUUCGUCUGUCUGAAAACCAUCGUCUUCUUCGCCCCAGAUUGUCCUGGUCUUCAGUGUGCUCAGGCCGUGCGCCGACUGCGGUUCCAGGCCCAGGUGCUGCUGGACGAGGCCACAAGUGAGCAGCGCGGCCGGUUCGGAGAGCUGCUGCUGCUGCUGACCACACUGCAGAGCGUGGCCUGGCAGAUGCUGGAGCAGCUGCAGCUCAUGCGUCUCCUGGGCAGAGCCAGCGUGGACAGCCUACUGAUGGAGAUGCUCUUGGGAGAAGAAGCAACCAGAGGAUCUGAAUCACUGCCGGCCACAGAGUCCAAUGCUGAGCCGCUUCUAUUCAGCACGGCUUCAGAGUCUGUUCUCUCCAGAGGGAUCCUGACGGAGCACAUCCCGAUGCCAAACUUCACAUCCGUGAUCCUCCCUGUGCCCCCCUCAGCUCUGGCCGAAGAUGCUCUUCUCUCCACACACACUGAGGUCUUCACACAUGGACAAACAGAGGACAUGCCAAGAGAAAUGCCCAACAGCCUGGCCAUGCCAACCGUCCACACGUGCCUUUAACCACAUCUGUUUAAAGCUGCUCGGUUACACACAAAUUAUCAACUUUAUAUACUCACAGAUGCACACAGACACUAAAAAUCGAAGUUAUUAUUGUUAUUAUUAUUAUUAUUAAGCACCAACUGCUAUAUGUAAAAUACAGUGUUCAAAUCUAAUAGUGUUAAUUUUUUUUUAAUUAACAGAUAAUAAAAAGCCUUGAAUCAG